GUCAGGUUGGGCGAGUGAGCGCAUACGCUCUCUUCUAUCUCUUCCUGCCCACACAAAACACACAGAUUAUUUGGCCAAAUCAGGGUUGUUUGGCGUUUUUAUUUCUCCAAACUAAGAGUGUAAGACCUAUUUGGCACCCCCCAGUCCCCAAGGGUAAAACCAAAACAAAAGUCACUUCAGUAGACAUAAUUUUCUCCAAAAUAAACGAAUUCCCAUUUGGCUGUCUGUCUCCUGCCCAAAACAAGUGCCUCUUAAUUUGGUUAUUUUUUCCCCUGUACAUCACGUCUACAAGUUGCGAGGCUGCUGACUGCUUAACCCAACAACACAAAAGGUGUGUGGGGCAGGAUGGGGGUACACCUGGAUCGUCUUAUGACCAGCAUCGGUACAGGGUCAUGGAACAUCUUUCACUUCGCAACACUUUCCUAUUGGUUCUGUAUGACGUCAUUCCACACACUUGGAGGACCUUUCUUGGCCCCCAAGGUGAACUCUACCUGUCUGCCUCUCCAUCGUCACCUACAACAAAACAUCACCCUUGUAGAGUCGUGCAGUUACCUGGUGGCAGAUCACUUGGGCGAGGAAGAAGAAUAUCCUUGUACACAAUGGAGCUUCGAUGAUGAAACUUUCUCCUCUACUGUCACUUCUGAUUUCUCGCUGGUGUGUGGGCGGGAGUACCUACGAGCCACGUAUCAGAGCAUCUAUAUGUUGGGAAUCUUCGUGGCAGCCCCUCUGAACGGCGUCUUGGCUGACAGGUACGGUCGUCUGCCCAUGAUAAGAGUGAGUACAGUCUUAUACACCAUCUUGGCUGUGGGGUCGUGUUGGCUACCGAGCUUGUGGACCUUGUUGAUGGCGCGGUUCCUGCUGGGACUGAUGCAUCCUACUUCCCUCCAGACGGGCUAUAUCCUCGCGAUGGAGAUGGCAGAACCGAAGCUGAGAACUACCCUGGGAGUGGGACUGUUUGUGACGUGGUCGCUGGGUACUGUGAUCUGGGGCGGCGCUGCCUAUAUUGUGAGGGACUGGCGGUGGCUGCAACUGUCUGUCUCCCUGCCCUGUAUACUGUUCCUUCCCUCGCUGUGGAUCUUGAAUGAGUCGCCCAGAUGGCUAGCUGUUAGGGGACGCCACAACCGAGCUCUCAAGGUCCUGAAGAAGGCCGCUCACUGGAACCAGGUCACCCUCCCUCCUGACGAAGAGAUCCUUGAAAUAUUGAAGGACGACCAGAUUGAGGUAACCAGAGUCAAGACGUGACCAGUAGCAGUUUCAAGUUGAUGCUUAAGUCUGCCAUAAGAGAGUCUCCAUCCUCUUCAGGACGCCCAAGUUGCGGGUCAUCAGUCUGGUCAUGUACGUAGACUACCUGGUGGUGGGGAUGGUGUACUUCGGCCUCUCCCUCAGCGGCGGUAACUUCAGCGCUGAUCCUUUCCUGUACAUGACACUCACGGGGUUG